AUGGCGAAGCUUCUCUUUGUUGCCGCGGUUUCACUCCUAUGCCUUUCUGCGCCCGUGAGCGCUCAGGAGAACCCUGAGGAUGAAACUGCUCUAUCAGCCGCUGAAGUUCUGGGGAAUGGGUUUUCCCCCGCAAGUCCGUUGUUUUCACGCAAUAUAUUGGAUUCUCGACAAACAUAUAGAUGUGUGGACGCCGGAUAUUACCCGUGCUCCCGUACGCUUAUGACCCCCAUCAACGUGGCUGCUGUAGAUCCGGAUGGAGCUGCUGUCCGACCGAUUGUUGUCCGGCUGGCACAACCUGCUGUAAUGGCGGAGGUUGUGUCUAUCCAGGCGGAGAGUGCUGUGGGGAUGGCUUCUCUUGCCGUGCUGGCUCUAAUCACAACCACCAUCACGCGGACUAGAAUCGAAGAAUCGACAACGACGACAACACAGACUAUCACGCCGCCACCGGAAGAACAGCCAUCGGGAUUUACCUGUUCCCCAAUGACCGUGACAAAUUCGGUGGGCGACUCCCUUGAACUUGGCAACGAUUGUGCUCUCAAGUUCUCCCCUGCGGAAACGGCUAGUGUCACUGCGACAGUGGAAAUGCUGAGAGUUAGGCAAAACAUAUGCCCGCCCACUCGCACAACGGCAACGGUCUAUGAAACUAUAGGCACGAAUGAUGUGGCAACAAUAACUGCGACUGUUACUGCAGAGAAGUCCCCUCGGCUUGGUUUCACCUGCGCCCCCAUGACGGCAACGAACUCGCUGGGUGAUGAGCUGGCUAUGGACAACAAGUGUUCGCUACAAUUGUCCUUGUCAGAGCCGACGGUAACCCCCAAGUCCAACGCCGCUGGGAGAAUUGAUAUGCUCGGGAUGUCGCGUUGUACAGUAUUGGGAAGCAUUUUCGCCUUUCUAGUUGGUCUGUAUGCGUAA